AUGGCUUCUUCGGUAGCGCUGCCUCGAAACGACAGCAGUGACGACCCCCGGACCCCCCAGACCCCGGCUCAAAAUAAGAGGCACCCUGCUCCUCGCAAUGGCAGAAAACAGCCCAGAGCAAACUGGUUUGUGAGGCUGUUUAGGUCAUUGUUUCGCUACAGAAAAACGACAUUGACGUUUUUGACACUCCUUGUUGUGGUUGCCACCGUGUUCCUCACAAACUUGGACUUGUCGUUGGAAUCCUCGGUUUCGUUGCCAACUGACCCCCAGGAGAAGCAGAUAUUGGAUUCCCUGUGGCUCCAUCUCCAGGUUAUCGCCAGAAAGAAACACACCUACACGUCGAAGGCCAAUGACGAGGUCCACGAUUAUCUCGAGAAAACUGUGAAGGAAUUGGUCGCUCGGAAGGAGUGGGCCGAGCACGAAAAUGACUUGGAUGGUGAAAACAGAAUCAUGUACCUGUCUCCACUGGCCAAGGGCAAACUUGUUACGUACUACGAGAGUAACAACGUGCUCGCACGUAUCAACGGUACCAAUCCUUCGUUGCCGGCGCUCUUGCUUAGUGCACAUUUUGACUCGGUGCCUUCCUCCUACGGUGUGACUGAUGACGGAAUGGGAAUUGCGUCUCUCUUGGGUGUGCUCGACUACUUGACCUCCCACAAGACCAACCAGCCCGAAAGAACUGUCAUCUUCAACUUCAACAACAACGAGGAGUUUGGCUUGUACGGCGCCGAGGCCUUCUUGUUCCAUCCUUGGUACAAGCAGACAAAGUACUUCCUCAAUUUGGAAGGCACUGGCGCUGGUGGUAAGGCAAUUCUCUUCCGUGGUACAGACCACGGUGUCUUGUCUCUCUACAACGCCGUGAGAUACCCUUACGCCUCGUCCAUCUUCCAACAGGGGUUCAAUAACGGCCUUGUGCACAGCGACACAGAUUUCACCGUGUACCAACAAAAGGGCCAUUUGAGAGGUCUUGAUGUUGCCUUCCACAAGCCCAGAAACUUAUACCACACAACCAGAGACAGCGUGGCCAGCGUCAGCAUUUUGUCGCAGUGGCACAUGUUGUCUACUGCCCUUGACUUCACCAAGGAAGUGGCUUUCAAACUGAUCGGCUUGGACUCCGACCCGGAGAGUCAAAUGGAACCAGCAGGCUUCACCUCGAUCUUCAACAACUACAUCCUCAUCUCCAUGAAUACCGUGUUUAUUCUCAACAUUGUUCUCUUGGUGAUUGCGCCUUUGGUGAGCAUUCCAUUGGUAUUUUUCAUCUUCAGAUACAAGAAGAACUGGGAUGUCAAUUUUGUCAAUGUGAUCAAGCUUCCUAUCUCGGUCGUUUUGUCUGCCAUUCUUUUGAACUUCAUUACUGACGUGAUCCUCGUCCCCAUCAACCCAUUCUUCAUGAACAACUCAAAAGAUCUGUUUGUGUUUACGUUGUUUUCGCUCUUCUUGCUUCUCAACUACGGCUUUUUGAAUGGUUUGAAUGCGAUUUUGAGACCUUUCAAGGGCCACUUCCAUGACGAGAAGCUCAUCAGUAUUAUUGAAAUCUCAUUUUUCACCUGGAUCGGUUUGCUUUACUCGACUAUCAAAAUCCGCUCAUCGUCGGAUCACACCGGAGAGAUCCACGUGGGCUUUAUUUUCUUCCUUCAGGCCUUGGCUGCUAUCAUUGGAUUGCUCGGAUGGAACUUCAAGAGGUCUCCAAAGCCAAAGGGCACUGAGGAGGAGUCUGCUCCACUCUUGGGUACCUCGAACGAGCACCACGAUCAGGAAUACGAGAGAAAUCAGAGAAACUACGGUUCUCAAGAUGACGUCUCUGUGGGCUCCUCUUUGUCGUUGGGUUCAGGUUUCUCAGAGCAGUGCGAGGUCCACGAGACCAAGUCCUUCAGUUAUGACUGGUUGAUCCAGUUCUUGAUUGUUGUCCCGCUUUCCUCCUACCUAAUUUACAGCAACGGUGAGCUUAUGCUUGCUAGCUUUGAUAAGAUGUUCCAGGAGUAUUUGGAGGGACAAGUUGUAUUUUACAUUUUUGCCCAGGCGCUCGCUAUAUUCUGGGCAGCACCCUUCUUGCCAUUCAUUUUCAAGGUCAACAGAAUUGUCGUUUUACUCCUUGCCGGAACUUUGGCUUAUGGCGUGUUGAGGUUCAACCUUACCGAUCCUUUCGACCAGGCCAACCCCCUCAAGUUGAGAUUCUUGGAGACUCUCGACUUGAAUACCACCCCCGUCAGAGAUACCGUCAAGGUCUUUGGUCGUGAGGACCCUAUUGUCGAGAACAUCUUGAAGGACAUACCUUCUGUCAAGCAAAACGACCUCAAGGUAGUGACAAACUCCAUUGAGAAUGGCAUUUCCCGCUACGAAUACCCCUCCACAUGGGACCCCAUUCUCGCACCAGGCGUCAAGGACGUGCAAGACUACUUGACCAUUGACGUGCUUAAGAAUUCGUCCUCCGAGACGAGCUCGCCAUUCGGUUUGCUCACGGGAGAGAUCCGUCUUCUCACACCUAAAAACAGAAAUUGCCGUAUUGAUUUCAAUGUCUCAGACUCGGUGACCGAGAUCUUUGAUGCCAGACCACAGGAUUCGCCUGUCAGAACAGCUAUCGUGUAUCGGGAAGGCGCAGACAAGAAUAGCUCCACGCCAGCCUACCUAAUUAACGGCGUUCCUGCUGGAUUCUCGAGAGAUGCUGACGGCAAUUACUUGUACAAGAGUUAUGCUGGUAUUCAAACCAUCCAGUUGAACAAGCUUGACUGGGACAAGGAGUACCACUUGGCGUUCCAGUGGGUUCCUGACGUGGUUGACACGAACGAGGUGGAUGCUUCGAAGGUGACGGUCAAGAAACUUGGCAUCAAUGUGGAGUGCUACUGGAGUGAGACUGGCUAUAUCGCCGACAAAAAGGAAGAUGUGAAGGAGAGAAUACCCGCUUUUGAUGAGCUUCUUCACUACUCACCCAACUGGGUCAGCUGGGCCAACAGAGAGCGUGGCUUGGUGUCGGUUACGAGGUAUGUCGAGAUUUAA